UUUUCUGUAGGGCUAGGCAGUUAGUUAUCUAAGAUCAUUUCUGACACCAGACAGUGGCAAGCUCGCGCUUAUGUCAAGCAUCCUCUCCCGCAUACAACAGUCGCUGUGGACUGUGGCGCUCUGCAACAAACCACUCGAGCUUUUUUAGGCCUCGACGUCCGCUGCCACACCCCCCCCCCCCCCCCACUUCACCUGCUCGAAAAUGACCACUAUUCAAUUCCAGCCGCGUGGAACCCCUCUCUGAGUCCCUUCCCCCCUCGUCUAUACCUCUCUCAGCCCCAUUGACCACCGUUGCUGAGGGGCCGAUCCCCUAUUUGAUUAAGCCUGGCCCUGAAAGGUCAGCUAUCUUUAUCCGAACCUCCUUUGUCCUCCUUGCCGCUGCUCGACCUCAACCUCUUCUCACUCCUCUCGUUGCUUUGCUUUCCUCUCUCACCCGGUCUCCCCGUCCUGAAAGGCACAUUCCGCCAGCAGAACCUUGAGUCAGAAGCAUGUGUAUCCCCAGGUGACGGGACCCGAAGCAAUGAGCGCCGACCUCUUAGACCUCGACAGCUUCUACCAAAGCCCUCCGCCGCAACAACAGCAAACUGGGGGCCAGCCGCAGAAGAACCAGCAUCAACGCCCACAGCAGGUCACGGCAUCGUCGACGGAUCUCUUUGACUUUGCCUCCUUCGCCAGCAACAGAUCCGCCGCGGUGGCGGCGCCGGCCCAGCAGACCCAACCAUGGCCCAACUUUGAGACGCAACAACCAAGCGGUGCCAGCGGUACCAGCAACGCAGGAUGGGGAGACUUCGGCUCGUUUUCGUCCGGCUUCACAUCCUCGGCGGCCACGCAGCAGCAGAAGCAGCAGCAGCAAUCUAAACAGGCGCCACAGAUUACCGACGACGAUGAUGGAUGGGGCGACUUCGAGGUCGCCGAGCCGACGCCGACUCAGCGCUCAUUUGUCAUGCCUCCGCAGACGAACAAGGCGAGGUCAUCGCCGCCACCGCGGAACCGUAUCGCGCGCGCCUCCACCUUUGAUCUCAUGACAAACAACCUCGUCAACGUCGUGGACAUGCCUCACGGCUCGGGCUUGUCGCCGAUCCCGAGCCCGGGGCUCCCCUCGCCGAACCAGCAACCCGCCACUAGUCCGGGACUGUCAUGGCAAGUGCCGAACCGCCAUCCUAGCCCUGCGGUCGCAUGGCAAACGGCGACUUCCAAGUCACCGACCAGCCCAGGGUAUUCGUUCCAGACGACAUCUGUGCAGCCGCAAUCAGGCCCUGGAUUCUCCAGUCAGGUAUACGGGUCGCAAAAGAAGCCGAGCCUCCAGCCGGCUAAGCAGUCGGACCCGAACAUUCUCUUUGACGCGGAAGAGUUUGAGCUCCAGGGCGGAAACGACGAAGAAGAAGCAGAUGAUGAUGAUGAUGAGUUUGGCGAUUUUGAGACCGUACAGACCCCUUUUCCUGGCGCGAACAUAAGCCCGACGCUGGAUCCUAGACCGGCUCAACGGCAAAAGCCGCAGACAUCGCAACCUCCACUGUCCAUGGACCUGCUUUCUCUCGACGACGAUCCUCUUCCGGUUGUGCAGCCUCCGUCAAAAAAGCCACAACUUUCCUCGUUGAGCCUCACUGCCCCCGUCUCACCGUAUCCCCAGGCCCCCAAGUCGCCGUCCUUCCAUGAGCGCAAUCCCUUUCCGGGCCUGGGUCUCACCACGCCGACCUCUGCGGAUUUCAAAAAGGAAGAGAAGGACGGCAAGCCUAACUCUCCCACACCCAUCACGGCUUGGCCGUCUUUCGGGCAAACAUCACCCGCGAAGCCAACCACCGCCACGGUGAAAAAGUCGUCGACAGCCUUGAGCCUUCAAAAGGCACAGGAGGAGGAAGACUGGCCAGACUUUGAAGAAUUCCCUGACGAGGAGUCCUCGGCCAUUGACUCGUCCAGACCCCCGGAAAGCUGGGACUGGGACGCUGUCGACGGCGUCAAGCCGGCAGCAUCUUCCGCACUCGCCACCAGAAAGUCGGACCCGAAACCCGGGGAAAAGCCAGAACCGACACCCGAAGUCAGCGAUGACGCCCCACCGCCCAUCAACAUCCCCCCUCCUUCCGUGCUCCUCUCCAUCUUCCCGCAGCUCCUCGACCUGGCAAACUCGUCCCUCUUCAAGCCCACGGGCCAGAUGGCAGCGCCCCUCAAGAAGCGCAUCCUCUCAGACCCGGGAACAGUGACCUUCCUCCGCGCCUACCUCCUUCUCGCCACCGUCGCGGCGCGCAUCAUCACCGGCCGCAAGCUCCGCUGGCACCGUGACAAGUUCCUUGCCCAGGGCAUGGCCAUUUCGGCCGCUGGCGCCAAGGGCAUGAAGCUCGCGGGCGUCGACAAGGCGCAGGCGGCGCGCGAGGAGCGCGAGACCGCUGACGUCGUGGGCGUGUGGAGAGAGCACGUCGGUCGGCUGCGGUCGGCUGUCGCGGCUGCGAACUCGACGGUCAAGUCGCCGCGCGAUCAGCUCCGCGUGCCCGAGAUCAGCGAGACGAUGCCCGUGUCAACGGCCAAGGUCGUGCCGACGGCACCGAAGCCGUGCAUCAUAUGCGGCCUGAAGCGCGAAGAGCGGGUGAGCAAGGUCGAUUUCGAUGUCGAGGAUAGCUUCGGGGAGUGGUGGGUCGAGCAUUGGGGCCACAGGGCCUGCAAGAACUUUUGGGUCGAGCACGAGAAGCAGCUGCGGCAGAGGUGAAGGGAGACUCAUGCUUUAGUGGUGGAGUGGACGCUAUCUCAGCUGUACAUAUCGAACAUAUUAUACCUCGAUUGCUUACUUUAACAUCCGACGGGGCGGCAGUUUCCACAACAUCGAGACAUUUACGUCCUGCGACACAGUACCAAUGGCCUUAGAUUUGUCGUUUAACACUCACGUCUUCAUGUAAUCCCCACGUACGAGGCCGUGCUGGUGCUUGAUAACGCUGUCUCAAUGCUGUGCAUAUUUCCGCCCGAAGUCGUCUUGUCAGACAUCAGGGCACCCCCGGCCGCGCCAGGUGUCGCGUGCAAUGCGUCCACGGACGAAUGUGCCCGGCAACCCAUCACAUGACGGAGGCUUUCAGGGGCGCUUGCCCUGGACCAAUUGGCAAGCGGGCUCUCGGAAUCCUGCAACGAGUUUCUCUCUUUUCACCUGGGUCGGAAUAGGCGAAGGCUCGUCGAAUGAGACGAGACGGGACGGGUGCUAGUUAAGGAACUACUGCAACGGAGAUGCUAUGUGAGGAUCGCUGGGUCGACUGUUCUCUUGAUUACUUGAACUGGUUGUCCAUUUCCAACGUAGCUUUUUUUGGGGGGGGUGGGUGAACCUUAGCCACGACGGAUAGCCGGGCACUAGUGAGAUGGCGGCCGGGGAGGCUGGAAGAAGAGGAGCAUGUCGCAGCUCUCCUCACCAGAUUGUGUAAUCAGAUAUUACCCGCGUAAUCCGGAUAGUGAGAUGGUGCAACGUCGGGUCGUACGACACCGUAAUGCCCUCUUGAUUGAGGGCGGUUUACUCAACGAUAUCCGAAUGGCAAGCAUCU